AGGAGGCAAAGAGGUGGCUUUCUCUCUCUCUCUCUCUCUCUCUCUUUUCUUUUAAGGAGUUUGCGAGAGCGCGUCUGCCUCAUUCGCUGCGCAGCGCGCCGGGAGAGGAAGGCGGGAGAGGGGGCGCGUCUGGGUGCCGGUUCUUGCGUCCCCGCGCUUUGGCAAGGCGCGCAGGAGCCAUGGGCGCAGGCAGCUCCACCGAGCAGCGCAGCCCCGAGCAGCCCGAGGCGGGGGUCGAGACGCCGGCCGAGCCCGAGCCCGGUGCGCUCGGGGACCCCGCCGUCGCUGAUGCAGAUGCCGCCACUAAGGUCUUACAGAAGAAUGGCCAGCUGUCCACUGUCAAUGGCUUAGCUGAGCAAGGAGAGCUCAGUCUCCAGGCAGGAGAGCCCAAUGGUCAGGAGGAGGAGGUCAGCGCCAAGGAUGUUGGACAGAGAGAUUCUGAAGAUGUGAGUGAAAAAGACUCAGAUAAAGACAUGGCUGCCAGCACAGCAGUUGUUCAAGACAUCACCAAGGAUGAGCAGGAGGAAACGCCUGAGAUAAUCGAACAGGUUCCAUCUUCAGAAAAUAAUUUAGAAGAGUUAGAACAAGCUACUGAGUCCCAGUCUAAUGAUGUUGGAUUUAAGAAGGUGUUUAAGUUUGUUGGCUUUAAAUUCACUGUGAAAAAGGAUAAGUCCGAGAAGUCUGACACUGUCCAGCUACUCACUGUCAAAAAGGAUGAAGCUGAAGGAGCAGGGGUAUCAAAUGGGGCAGGGGACCACCAAGAGCCCAGCUUGGAGACUGGAGAAGUAGCGCAUAAAGAAAGUGAACUAACACAAUCUACAGAGAAAACUGAAGAAACGGUUAAAAGUGAGCAAAGCAACAGAGAAAUCUCUCUUAAAGCUGAGUCUGGGCAAGCCGUUGAAGGCAAGGAUGAAGGAGAAGAAACACAAGAGAAAGAGCCUAGCAAAUCCCCAGAAUCUCCAACGAGCCCUCUGACCAGUGAAACACCAUCUCCCUUCAAAAAAUUCUUCACUCAAGGUUGGGCUGGGUGGCGAAAAAAGACCAGUUUCAGGAAGCCAAAGGAGGAUGAACUGGAAGCUUCUGAGAAGAAAAAGGAACAAGAGCCACAAAAAGACACGGAAGAGAAUGGAAAGGCAGAGGAUACCCCUGAGACACUGACUGUUUCCGAACAGCCACAGCCACAGGAGGCUACUGAAAGUGUUUGCAAUGCCAAAUUAUCUACUGAAUAUGAAAAAGUAGAGCCACCUGAAGAUCAAGUGAAUGACUUGCAGGGAUCUUCUGAAGAGAAAUCUGCUCCUUUGGCCACAGAAGUGUUUGAUGAGAAAGUGGAGAUUGUUGCAGAAAUUCAUGUUUGUACUGUAGAGAAGCAAACAGAGCCGAAAACUGAGGUAGAAGAAGCAGUAGAAUCUGUGCCAACUGAGGCACCUAUUGAAACAAAUGCAGAACUGCAGGAAACUGAACCUGCUGAGGGACUGGUAAAGACCAAAGAAGUGUGUGUUUCUGGAGAAGACCAUACCGAGCUCACUGAACUAAGUCCUGAUGAAAAAAUAUUGUUGAAACACCCUGAGGCCGUUACAAGUGAGGCCGAAAUGCUGUCAUCACAGGAGAGAAUUAAGGUGCAAGGAAGCCCUUUAAAGAAACUUUUUACUAGCACUGGCUUAAAAAAGCUCUCUGGAAAGAAACAGAGAGGGAAAAGAGGAGGAGGAGAUGAAGAGUCAGGGGAGCAAAAUCACAUUCCAACAGAUUCUCCGGAUAGCACAGAUGAACACAAAGGUGAGAGCUCUGCUUCAUCCCCUGAAGAACCUGAGGAGAUUACCUGUCUAGAGAAGGGCAUCACGGAGGUACCACAGGAUGGGGACGUGGAAGAAGGAAUGACUUCUGAUGGAGAGAAAAAAAGAGAAGGUGUUACUCCCUGGGCAUCUUUCAAAAAGAUGGUGACACCCAAGAAACGUGUCAGAAGGCCUUCUGAAAGUGAUAAAGAAGAUGAAUUGGAUAAGGCAAAGAGUGCGACCUUGUCUUCCACCGAGAGCGCUGCCUCUGAAAUGCAAGAAGAAAUAAAAGGAACAGGAGAGGAGCAAAAGCCAGAAGAACCAAAGCGCAAGGUUGAUACUUCAGUAUCCUGGGAAGCUUUAAUUUGUGUGGGAUCAUCCAAGAAGAGAGCAAGAAAAGCAUCAUCUUCUGAUGAUGAAGGAGGGCCAAAACCAGUGGGUGGAGACGGCCACAAAACAGAUGAAGCAGGAAAAGACCAAGAAACAGGAACGGACAGUAAUGCCCAAGAACCUGAUCAAGGGCAAGGAAGUUCCUCACCUGAGCAAGCUGGAAGCCCCACGGAAGGGGAGGGAGUUUCCACCUGGGAAUCAUUUAAAAGAUUAGUCACCCCAAGAAAAAAAUCAAAAUCAAAACUGGAAGAGAAGAGUGAAGACUCUGUAACUGGGUCUGGCAUAGAACAUUCAGCUUCAGAUGUUGAACCUGGGAAAGAAGAAUCAUGGGUUUCGAUUAAGAAAUUUAUUCCUGGACGGAGGAAGAAAAGGGCAGAUGGGAAACAAGAGCAAGCCCCUAGUGAGGACACAGGCCUAGCAGAAGCCAAUGAAGACGAAUCUGAUGUCCCAGCUGUAGUACCUCUGUCUGAGUACGAUGCUGCAGAACGGGAGAAAACUGAGGCACAGCAAGCCCAGAAAAGUGAGGAGAAAUCUGAACUUAAGGGAGCUGUUUAUGUGUCUGAGGAGCUCAGUAAGAGUCUGGUUCAUACAGUUACUGCGACUGUCAUUGAUGGGGCACGGGCAGUCACCAGCAUUGAAGAAAGAUCUCCUUCUUGGAUAUCUGCUUCAGUGACGGAACCUCUUGAACAAGCCGAAGAAGCAGCCCAGCCUUCAACUGGGGAGGUGUUUGAAAGAGUGGUCACUGCAGAAGAAACCCCUGUUGUUGCCCACACUUUGCCAGAGUGCAAAGAUACCAGUGAUGACACAGGUGUUAGUGAGGUGGAACUAACUUCUGAGACUGUGAUGGCUGCAGACACAGCAGAGCUACUUUGUGCUGAGGAAGUGACAGAAGCAUCUGGUGCUGAAGAGACCACAGAAAUGGUUUCAGCUGUUUCCCAGUUAACUGACUCUCCAGACACCACAGAGGAAGCAACACCAGUUCAGGAGGUCGAAGGUGGCAUCCCAGACCUGGAGGACCUAGGGCGGCGGACUCAAGAGGUCCUACAGGCUGUUGCAGACAAAGUUAAAGAUGAGUCACAGCUGUUUGACACCGGUGGGCCAGAAGACACCAUUCACUCAGUCCAGAAAGUAGAAUCAAAAAUGCCAGAGAAGGUGGAAGGAGCAGAAGAGGAUUCUCAAAUGUUAGAAAUGAAGAAAGAGACGGAUGGAGUGUUGAAAGCACAUGUAGAAGAAACUAGAACUGAGGAAUUUAAACAAGAAAAGGUAAUUGUACAGACCCCCCCAGAAAGCUUUGAAAAAGUGCCUCAAGUCACAGAAAGUAUGGAGGCCAGUGAUCUUAGAACCACUUCUCAAGCUGGAGUAAAAUCACAGAUUACAAUGGAACAGGCUAUUACCCUUGACUCAGUUGAAACCCUCACAGACAAUGAGACCAGUGGAAGCACUCCAGUAGCAGAAGUUGAAGUUCUGAAUCCAACACAGCAGGACAAGAUCAUAGAGAUCCAUGAAGAUGAGGAGAUUGCAUCUGGUAUGCAGUCACAGUUCACAGAAGCACAGGCAGUUCCUGAAGAGACAGAGAUGCCUUCAGUACCUUCUAGUUUUCAAUCCCAGGAAGAAAAUGAAGAACAGUCAAAAAUGGAAGAAGUUGUAGAACAUACAGAUAAAGAAGUAUCAGUGGAAACAGUACCCACUCUUUUGAAAACUGAAGUGAUUCAAGAGGCUGGUCAAUUUGCUGAUGAGGAAACCAAAAACAUACUAUUUACAGAAGGACUUGAGGUGUCUACAGACACAAAAAUAACCUUCAGUCAGAAAGAGAUAACGGAAGUUGCCCUUAAGGAUGAAGUUGCUGAAGAAGCUGAAUUUCAAAAGAAUGUUGCUUACUCGGAUAAUAUUGAACUCCAGAGUCAUGCUACGUCUCUUUCAACCCCUGCGGAGAAAGAGAUGGUAGUUCAAGUAGAAAGGGAGAAAACUGUAGCACAGCCAGCCCAAUUAAGUGAAGAGAAACAUGAGCAAAAAUUAUCUGUUACUGUAUCAGAAGAGGUCAGUGAGCACCUAGUUCAGACAGUAAAUGUGGCCAUCAUAGAUGGAGAAAAGGAAGUUACCAGUUUGGAAGAAAGCUCUCCUUCUUGGCUAGUUCAAGAGGAGGUAGUAGCCAAAGAAAUUCACGUUCAAAGCUCUGAAGCAUCAUUAACUUUAACAGCUGCAGCAGUGGAGGAAAAGGUCUUAGAAGAAACUGUCAAGAUUAUAGAGAUAGUAGCUGAGACUAUGGGGUCUGCAGAUGCACACUUAGUAGCUGAAGAAAAAUCUUCUGGAAAAGAUGAAGACUUUACUGCUUCAGCAGCAGAAAAGGUAGUACCCAUGGGGACCGAGUCUCAGGCAGAAUUGAUACCAGUAAUAGUAUCUGCUACUACUGAGGAAUGUCUAUGUUCUGACCUGAAAGGAGAUCAAACCCCAUCACAGAAAUGGAAGUCGGACAAGGAUGAGGAGCAGGUGCUUUGUCAGGAAGUCAAAGCAAGUACAACAAAAGGGGAUUUAAAGGCUGAAAAUAAGGUAUUGGAAAUUGAGACUGAGAGCAACAAACUUGUACAAAACAUAAUUCAGACAGCUGUUGACCAGUUAGUAAGUACAGAAGAAGCAGCCGCUGAAAGAAUUACAUCUGAUUUACAGUCACACGCUCAACUGACAAAAGCUGACUGCCAGGAGGCUGGACAGGAGACCAAGAAAGAAGGAAGCAAGCUGCAGGCCUCUGCUCAGGGUGAGACACAAACCAUCACAGCUAAAGAGGAGUCGGAGCAAACCACUGUGGGCCAGACUCAGCCUGGCAUUUCCAAAGAUGGGAGGAAGGCUUCAGAAAAGAUAACUGUUGAAGUAGAAAGUUCCAGUGAACAUGUCAAUGACGAGCAGCUGCAAGAGGUCACUCUCCCAUCAGAGGAAAAGAGAGAUGCAACUGGAACAACGUCUGUGCCAGAAAAUGAUGUGAGUACCAUGGUAGGAGAAAAUAUAGAGAAGUCUCCAUUUGAACCCAAAGAAGAUGAACAGGACCAUACCGUUGUUGAUAACCCUGAGCACCAAAACUCAGCCCUGGAAGAUACUGAUGCCUCAGGAGGCUUAACCAAAGAGUCCCCAGAUACAAACGGACUGAAAGAGAGGGAAGAUGUCCAGGGAGUAGAAUUUCAGGAGAGUAAUGAGUCAAAAAAAGAAAUUAAAAUGCAAACACAGGAGGAGAUACAUAAACAAGACAGAGAAUCAGCAAAGUCAGAACUUACUGAAUCCUAAAACAUCAUCUGAACUCCUUAUAUAUUUGCAAGACCAGAAUGUGAAGACAGGUGGUAGAAGAAGGCAGAUGCUGCUGAUGAGACUCAAGACCAAUAUUUCAGGACUUCGAGAACCGAAGAACAGGCCCAUCAACUGAUCCCGUUUCUAGAGAACCCCUGACAAUCCUGAGGCUUCGUCGGGAGCUUGAGCCAGUUAACGUUUCCUCGUUCCAAGACCACCCUGUUGUUUUCCCUUGAUACCAUACAAUGUUUCUGAUUAAUGUCCCAAAUUCUUAACCUGGAACUGGAUUUGGCAAUACAUAGUUCUACUUCUCAAACUGGAGUAUCAGUCUUUAUGUAUUUAUAUGUAUGUCUUAAGUAACCCUUCUUCCAUGUCUAUUGUAUAUUUUUCCUGAUGUGUGAGGAACUGUGCAGUGUAGUCCGAGCCUUUUGUACACAGUUGAUGAUGGGGCACACAGCCACGGGAAGCUCUGGGAAGCUUCGUGCCUCAGUUACAACCCGUGAACCUAGAGCUUCCAAGACAUGACCUUUCUGACCAGAACGUACAAUACCAACUUUAAGAUUCACUAAUGAUUAGGUCAGUGUUUAGUAUUACUCUGAAAUUGGUCACUUUCCUUAUAUGCACAGUGUGCUAAAAAGAAGCAUUUUGGAAAUUUACAGAAGGUUCUGGUGUUACUGUGAAAUGUUUUUCUAUCCCCAAGGAGGUUGAAAGGAAGUUUUUUUUCAGUAACAGAUAAACCUAACCCUUUUCUCCUAAUUGUUAUGGUUAUUUGGACAGAAGAGUGUAUGCUUAAUCUUGAAGCAUGUUGGGAAGACAAGAAUUGACCAUUGUGAGUUUUUGGUUCACUCUGAAAUCUGGACCACGUUCACAGACAUGGCAUGAAAUGAGGCGGGUUCUUUGCAGAUAGUAUUUUGAUAGACCCUGGAUUGUGUCCAUGCCAUAUUUGUGCCCACUUCUUUGAAGAACGAUGUUGCAGUAUGUUCAUUUGGAUAAACUGUAAUUUGACAAAUGAUUUAAAUAAAAUAUUUGCUCCACUUAGAUUUGCUGGUUUCAUUAGAACUUAGAAAGUCUGGGACCCAUGUUCACUGCAUUCUAAAAGCAGAUAAGCCUGAGCUUUCUAAUCUGGUCACUAUGUGAUAAAGUGCUUAACAUAGGUUUGAGUUGCAUGUUCAGAUGUGGGCAUGGCAGAGACGUGUCUGUUGACAUAAACCAGUGGCUUUUCAAACUGACGUUACUGGCACAAUCCUACCUUCUGGUGAAGUCCGUUUCUGUGUCAGUAUUUUUGGUUUUACAUUGGAAAACAAUGACAUAUGUCUCUAGAAAGAAAUUUUAAGAUGUCAGUAAAAGUGCCGUGCCAAAAAGGUGAUUGUGGGGAAUUUUAAAGAAUUGUCUCAAUGUUAUGAGCCAUGCCAAUACAUGAAGGCUUUUGCCAGACAAUUUGCCGCACGAAGAACAGUCUGUCACGUACCUGCUGCAAAGCUUUUACUUCACACCUAGAACUGGCCUGGCAUAUUUGCUUCCUAAGUUUUGUGGAACAAACUCAGUACUCCAGUUAGAGAACUUACAUUUCUACUGCCAAUUAGUGAUUUUAAAGCCUAAUAUUCUAGAAUGUCUACUUUUAGCAGAAAGAAAAUUUGCCAUUAAACCUGGAAAGUAGCUUCUCUUAUGUUAAAAAACCUGACUACAGUUUUAAAAAUUGGCCUUAUUAGUAAGACACCUCAUCUCAUGGUAACAGCAUAUGGUCUUGUGGUUGGAAAAUACUAAUAUCCUUGUAGGGGCUGUUCUCAAAUAUAUAAGAGCUACUUGUGCUUAAUUAUUAAACUUUAACACCCCCUAAUUAAAAUACUCUGAUCUAAAUAGUUCUCUUUUGCCAACUUGAAACUUAAAAAAAUAUAUUCAAGCACUGGUGUCAAAAUUUGAAGAGCAACUAAAAAGUAUUGGACAUAACAAUUUGUAAGAAGCUCAUGAUAGCUCUGAAUAUUGGCAGAUUUCCUGUCCAUGGCAGGAAGAAACUUUGUGCUGUUUUAACAGAUUAAAGAUUUGUGUAGUUUGUGGAAAGCAGAUAUUUUUGUUUGAAUUCCUUCCCACUACCACAUCGGACUACUGUUUGGUCUUCUUCCACAUGACCAGGUCAUUCUGGCCAUCACAAUAGGUUUUCUAGUAGUAGUUGCUUAUUCACUGUGCUUUUUGUACUAGUAUCUAAAUGUACCCUUGAUUACUUCUGUACAAGCUCUAUACCUGUGUCCAUUACAACAUUGUUUUAGUCACAACAGGAACAUGAACAGUGGCAUGAAAUACAAUUCUGUUUUAUAAUUCUAAGGCUGCUGUUAAAUUUGUGAAGUACGUAAUAAUCAAAUGUAAACUGCAGAAGUUGGAGCAAGUGCCUACAUUUUGCUAUGCUAUUUUGCAUUGCUGCAGAGCCAUGUAUAAUAGAAAGCAAUGCAAGACUUGUAAACUCUCGCCAUUUCUUGUAAUUGAAGAAUAUAAAAUGUUCCCCCCUCAGGUUAUUUUGCUAAUGAUACACAUGAGUUGCCUCUCUCUGUACAUAGACACUUUUUGUUCCAGUAUUUUCCUUUGAUCUUUUGGAACUACAGUAGUCAAAGGCUGGAAAUUUUAGCUUUCAAUGUAAGCUUCAAGCUUAGCAGUUUCCUCUAGUCCAAGACAAUAUUUGAUUGCUCAUUCUGUUUGGGGCAAUUUUUCAUUUAUCUAAAUAAAAUACAAUCUGAUUAAAUGCCA